AUGUGCUACUUACGCCCUACAGAGGCAUGUAAAGAGCCACAGGUCAAAGAACAUGUCAAGAGAUUUGUUAUGGAAGCUUUCUAUGUCGACAACUGCCUGGACAGUGUGCCAACUAGUGAAGAUGCUAGAGCCUUGCUCCAUGAUAUCGGGAAUCUGUUGGAUGAUGGAGGAUUUCAUGUUCGACAGUUGACCAGUAAUGAUGCUUCUGUUGUGCAAGAUGUCCCAUCCGAGGACCGUUCAGAUUCGUGUGAGAUGUGGCUGAACAGGGCUGGAGAGGAUCAGUCUGAGAGAACCUUAGGCGAGCAGUGCAAGGACAACCAGCACUGUUCAGACUGUGACAGAAGUACAGGACGUUGCCUCACAGACUGUGACACUGGCUAUUUUGAUAGGAAAUGCAGGUCCAUGUGUAACAAGAACUGCAGAAACCGCUCACGCCAGUUGUCAAGCUCUGGCUCAGGUGCUUGCACUGAGGGUUGUGUCCCUGGAUAUCAAGGUCCUGGGUGCAGCAUACGCUGUGGCAGUCCAGGAGGUACCUGUGUAGCAUGUCCAGGUGGGUGUGAUGGAGGAUAUUGUCAGCUGGGCUCCUCCUGUGUGUCUGGAUGUGUAGACUCCUACUAUGGGACUGACUGUAAGACUUGUUCAAGUAGAUGUAAGUCCUGCAACAGGAUGACAGGAUUGUGCAAGGAGUGCCGCCCAGGAUAUUUUGGUCCGAACUGUGCAUAUUUCUGUGAUCAUUGCCUAGGAUCGUGUGCACAUGGAUGCGCAGAGGGCUGUCUUCCUGGAUUCUAUGGCACUUUCUGCGACAAGAAGUGCAGUGAACAAUGCGGACUGGACUCCAACAUUUCUACUAGCAAGCCUCUACAGACAUCCAAGGCUGGUUUACGUGACUGCCAAAGAGACAGUGGGGAUUGUAUCGACGGGUGUGAAGAGGGCUGGCAUGGUCAACAGUGCUCUUCCCCAUGCAGUCCUAACUGCAUCAACAAACGAUGCAAGUCUACAGGCGACUGUGUAGAUGGUUGUGUACCUGGACACUUCGGCAGAGACUGUAAACCCUGCCCUGUCAACUGCCUUCACAACAUGUGUCACUCGGACAGCGGGAAGUGUACAGACGGAUGUACACGUGGCUUCUAUGGUGGACUCUGCCAGUACACGUGUGAAGUAUGUCUUGAUGGUGUCUGUGAUCAGAAGACUGGCACCUGCACAAUAGGCUGCCACCUGACUGGACCGAAGUGUGAUUCUACCUGUACUUUCAACUGUUCUGUAGCGGAAUGCCUGAAAGUGGAACACUGCAAUCAAGAGGACACCAGCGGUAUACAGAUAGCCACCUUAUCGACAUCGUUAAUUCUAUUGGUGGUAGGCAGCAUGGUGUCAGUGGGGAUCUGUUGCCGCAAGCGUGUGGCGAUGCCAAGAGAAGGUCCACAGGAGAGAGAGCUGGAUGACAAGCAGGUACCACAACCGGGAGACAAUGAGGAGCCCGAGUCGGAAAAGAUAUACCAUGAAAUUGAUGCAAAGGAGAUGGGCCCUGAGAUUGUGUUUCUAUAGGAACCUACAUUCUAUGAAAUAGAUGUGAACGACAUCAAAUAGUGGUGUUGUGUUGGCUCAAACACUUUCACUUUCGAUGUGGGACAUCUGUAGUUGUUGGUUCAAGCUGUUUCUUUCUUGUGAUAUAUCUACAGACCUUGGCGCCCUUAGUUGUGUCCCUUAGUUGUGUCAGGAUUCGGUUAUCGUUGGUUCAGAUUCCAGCAUCACUUCCGGGUAUAUUGGUUCACAAGGGGGUCAACGGUAUGGUGGGUUUGUUUUUAUGUUUGUUGUUAAACGCUACACUCAAUA